CUAAAAGCUCUGAAUGCCUCAUUGGUCUCGUGUUGUUGUCAGAUGGAUGUAGCUAGCUGUUCGGCUUUAUUGGGUUAGAGUUAGCUGCCUGAAGAAAAAUAACGUUUUUAAUGUUUUUGUUGAAAAUUUCUUUAUACCAAAGCGUACAAAAGGAUGAGAAGAGUCACUUUAUUUGUCAAUGGAACUUCUAAAAAUGGAAAGGUUGUAGCAGUGUACGGGACGUUGUCUGAUUUAUUGUCUGUGGCGAGCAAUAAGCUGGGAAUCAAAGCCUCUAGUUUAUAUAAUGGAAAGGGUGGUCUAAUAGAUGAUAUUGCCCUCAUUCGGGAUGACGAUGUCUUGUAUGUGUCAGAAGGAGAUCCAUUUAUUGACCCGCAGACUGAAAGCAAAGUAGCAUCUGGGCAGCAUGGAGCACACACUGACUGGCUAACCCUCAAUAUUGGUGGUCGCCUCUUCACCACCACCAGGAGCACCUUGGUCAGCAAGGAGCCAGAAAGCAUGCUUGCUCACAUGUUCUGUGAAAAAGAUGUUUGGGGUAAUAAACAAGACAAGCAUGGGGCUUACUUAAUUGACCGCAGCCCUGAAUACUUUGAACCUAUUCUCAACUACCUGAGACACGGUCAGCUCAUAAUCAAUGAAGGCUUAAAUAUACGAGGUGUGCUGGAGGAGGCUCGGUUCUUUGGAAUUGAGCAGCUGGCUGAACAGCUGGAAGUAGCAAUUAAAAACUGUCAGCCACCCGAGGACCACUCUCCCAUUUCUCGGAAGGAGUUUGUACGUUUUCUUUUGGCAACUUCUACCAAGUCAGAGCUCCGCUGUCAGGGUCUUAACUUCAGUGGUACUGAUCUGUCCAGACUUGAUCUGCGUUAUAUCAAUUUCAAGAUGGCUAAUCUUAGCCGCUGUAAUCUGGCCCAUGCUAAUCUGUGCUGCUCCAAUCUGGAGCGGGCCGACCUUUCUGGAGCCAACCUGGAUGUGAGUGUGGACGUUAAUAGGAAAGUCUCAUGGUUCCACACCGGAGAUGCAAAUGUUUUUCUUCUUCUGCCUUCAUCUGGUGUGUUUUUUGUCUCUAUGGCCUGCGUUGUUGUUUUUAAGGGAACUAACUUACAAGGGGUUAAGAUGCUCUGUUGCAAUGCUGAGGGAGCUUCUCUCAAAGGAUGCAACUUUGAAGAUCCAUCCGGACUGAAGGCCAAUCUGGAAGGUGCAAACUUGAAAGGAGUGGACAUGGAAGGGAGCCAGAUGACCGGGAUCAACCUGCGUGUGGCCACUCUCAAAAAUGCAAAACUCAAGAACUGCAACCUGCGGGGAGCCACUUUAGCAGGGACGGAUCUGGAGGUGAAUUAAAGCUGUCAGAUGGGAUUAUCUUUGAAAGCAGCUAUGGAAAACUGCGAUUUGUCUGGUUGUGAUCUACAAGAGGCCAACCUGCGUGGGUCCAAUGUGAAAGGAGCCAUUUUUGAAGAGAUGCUGACUCCUCUGCACAUGUCUCAGAGUGUCAGAUAACUCGCCUGCACACACCUGAGAGUCCAGCUUGCUUCUUUUUCGUCCUCUUUUGUUGUCCCACCAGUCUAUCAUCUUUAAUCUUGCUCUACCUGUCUGUGAGCAGGUACUUGGAUGCACAUCCCCUAGCAUCCUGCCAAUAGAACACUAGCUUUAAAUAUCUUGCACUAGAAAGGAUCCAGGGAUGUGUUCAGCUGCAUAUUUCACCAAAACAGUAAAUGUUCCUCCUGUGUGUCUGGAUGUUGUUCAGUGAUUCUAGCUUUUUAAUAUUUAGCAUUAUUUAUUUUUAUUUUAUUUAACGUGACAUGUAACUAAGAGCUCAAAUCAGAUUAUAGGCGAACAUGAGCUUCACUAAACGCUGCUGUAGCAGAAAGACAAGGGGUUGUUUUACCAUAAACUGUGUCCACACACAAUAGAUUCCUCCUUAAGUGUGUUACUUAAUUUUGCUGGAUUUAAUAAUCAAUGUAAGCCAAAGCCAUACUGUACAGCAGCACAGUCUAAAAGGCUAUAAGUGUUGUGAGUGCGUCACCAAACUAUGCUACAGACAAGCUCUAAACACCGGUUAAAUAUGCAAUACCUGGUUAGAGCUGUAAUGGUCCUCCUCUCCUCCUUUUCACGUUUCUUUUCUUAUCUGUGAAUCUACCUCCUUUAGUUAUGUGGCGUGUGUACGGUCCACAGUUGCAUGCAUUUUAACAUGAUGCAUUUUUUAAAUAAUCUGAUUCACAUUUUGAGACGAUCUUGUGCAGGAAGCCUUUCCCACGUGCUUGUAUGGUGAACAUGUGUUUGCAGUGUUCUCCUUAUACCAAUGUAAACCACUUCAUCCUGCUCUAAAUCUAUUUGCACACCUGUAUGUUAACCCGUUACACGGCAGACGUCACCAAGAGGGUUUGUUGCUUUUUAACGUACGUUCAUGUUAAAACAAAUUCGGUGCUUCCAGAACUUCCCCUGAAAGGAACCCAGUCUUGGUGAGCGCCGUUCGGUGUCUGCAGGUUCAUGUCAGUGGUCUCACCGUGUUUGUUUGCAUGCAUCAGGAACUUUGUUUGUCUGUGAUGUGUUACGUUUCUCCAGCUCAAAGCUGCGCCAGUGCAAUACUCUUAUUAUUCACUCUGUCAAAUCGUAGGAACUCGGUUGUGGGAAUGAAUGAUGAAGGCAAUCCUGUUGUGUAUUUUGACUGGUAAGGUAAAAUCAAUGGAUGCGCUGCGGUUGUUUUAGUGCGCCUCACUGAAUGCAAUAUGGAGGCAGAUUUGUGAUUUUCUGGGGAAGCGGUGUAGUUGUCUCUGAUUAUUGCACUCUGCUAUGGGAAUGUUUCCUUCUGAUGACUGUUAAAAUAAACAUCUACAAAGAGGAAA